AUGCCGCCGCGAGCGUCGCUCACUGGAUCCUUCUCCGUCUCAGACGAGAACAAUGUCGUCGUGUGUCCGCUGCGCAACCACGACGGCUCGGCGUGUCGCAAGCGCUGCACUGGGGAGAAGCGGUACCGCUCCAUGCAGGAGCACAUUCGCCGCGCCCACCCCGAGCAUUACAUCUCAAAGCUGCCUGCCACCGAGGAGAGCUUCACGUUGAUGGUCAACACCCCGCCACAGGAGCGCCCGCCCCCGCCCCCCCUUCCCGCAAGCUCAGCAGGCCCACAAGGCUUUGGCCCAGGCGACCUGAGCGCCUUCUACCGCGACGACUACAGCGCCGGCGACCCCCGCACCUCCGACCCAGUGCUGCGCAGAGGCUCGCUGCUGCCCGCCGCCACUGCUGCCGCCGCCCUUGCGUCGCUGCACAACCACCGUCCCGACUUCGAGUGGGACUCCGAUCCGGACGCCUUGUCAGAGCCCGACUCAAAGGGCUACCGGCCCCGCGCACGCUUCGCCCCCACCGCCUUGGAGCAGCACAUCACCGCCGAAGAGCCCUACUACACCUCCACCUCGAUCCACCGUGAGCUGCUGCCGUCUUCGCUUGCACGCUCGCCGCCCGGCCGGUCCUCCACGUUGCCGCCCGCGCCUCGCUCCAUCAAGCCGAACAGACCGCGCAAGUCGUCCGUGGGACAGAAUGCUCGCAGAGGCAAGCACGAGCGGCAACAGGCCAAAGACCAUACCCGUAGGAUGAGCUACGACAGGAAAGCAUACUCUGCCGAGCCGCAAACAGCUGCAGCCAUCCUCGGUAAGAGAUGGGAAGACCUCAUUGACGCUGCCGCCUCGGCUACAGAGGAAGACAGUCGAGACCUCACUCCUGUGCCGCAAUCGCCCUUUAUGUCACCCCACAUGAUGGACAGCCAAAAGUCACUGCCACCAUUCAUGGCCUCACAGCUACAGUCGUACACAGCAUCGCCGCUCAACAAUGCUCUGACGCCACCGCCAGCGGACAUGUCAGAGCUCCAGCCCUUCCCUUCGGUCGAAUCGUCGAUCGAGUCAGCCAUAUCUGGCCAAAACUUUCACAUAGCUUCACAAGGCCUAUCGGACUCGUCCCCCACUUUUCCUUAUCCUGUCCAAAUCUAUUGUGCUGCCUGCCGCAAGUUAUCCAACCUCAAAGAUAGCUACGCCUGCUCCGAAUGCAUCUGCGGUCUUUGCCAAGAAUGUGUUGACGUCCUUGUCAGCGAACACACCCGUGGUAGAGCACCACGGUGUCCACGAUGCAACGCUAUCGGCGGCAAGUUCAAGCCCUUUCAGCUGGACAUUAGAUGA